AUGGAGAUCAACGGAAACACCCUUGUGUUCCUGAUCCUGAUUCUUUUCUUAUUUUUCUCUUCUCCAGGUGGUGAUGGAGUGGCAUCCCAGUAUGAAUUCACUCAAUUAGAGAAACUGAGGAACCAGUUUACUACUGAAUAUGAAUCAUUUCAGAAUAUGACUUAUACUGAUAACUUCCGAAAUAUUACUGGAUUUAAACUUAGUUAUCAAGAUAUAAUAACGAAUCGAGAAAUUAAUGCAACCUACCCUAUAGAAAAUAAAGAUUACACUCAUUGGGCAAAUAAUCAGACAUAUCUAUUGUUACCCGAUCGUCUUAUUGACACCAUUAACACAAAGGUGUGGUCUACUCCGGGUGGUAGUCCGAAUAAUAUAUUUCCACCUAAUAUUACCACUUCAAUGACGGGCCAUAUUGAACUAGUUGCGAAUGAUGAAUAUACACCUAUUAGAAUGCCUGUUCCAAACUAUUUUGAGCCGCCAACUGACUUUGCAGAAAAUAAUCCACCUGGAGGUGAACAGUAUUACGACGAAUGGCCGAAUUAUGGCGAAUUACAUAAUGUCACUUUUCAAAAUGGUGAAUUAAAUAUACAGGUAACUCAUUUAGAUCAAGUACAUACUGAAUUGAACCAAAAUGCAAAAUAUAAAAAACGUUUCAAUUCGCAAGAUGGAAGAUGGAAGUUAUUGAACCUAAAAAUCGAAUUUUUCGAUAAACUGGAGAAGGAGAAGCAUGUGUCGAGUUCAAUUGCUGUAUAUGAUAUUAGAAGAGGUCGUAUUUUGGGGAUGUCUCAAAGUUCAAAGUUCCAUUCCUUAUUUGCAUUGCCACAUUAUAUGAAUCUUCGUAAUGAAGAAAAUAAUGAAAUUUUUUCAGAGGUUAAACUUUUGAUCAAGGAAUACUGGAAUACUUCAAAUUAUGUGGACACUUUGACAAUGUCAGAUUUAGAUCAGCUUUAUGAUAAUGCACUUACAAAAUGUGAAUACAUGGCAUUCCUACAAUUAGAACCUUGGAGUCAAUACACAAAAGACCAAAUCAAACAAAUUGACGAUGAACUAGAUUGGCCUAUUGGAAGACCAGUUAACAUAUCACAUAUACCGCCAGUAUCUAUCAAAUCUGGGUUAUUGUACUCACCUGAUUGUGGAGUCCAACUCCAAUUUAACGACGUUAAAGGGCCUAGAACCGAAUUGAAGGUAAGAACAAUCAGAAUACAUAUAAUAAUUGGUAUUUUGCUAUUUGCGGCCCAGAUUUAUCUAUUGCUUUGUCAAAUGCAGCAUACAAACACACCGUCAAGUAUUAAUAAAAUAUCAUUCUAUUCCUUCUCUAUGAUUAACCUUGUGGACGGAUCCUUGGCUACAUUAUAUUUCGUGGCGGCAAGCGUAUUACCGGAACUCUACUUGCCUCUUGUUUUAAGCUCAUUUUUGUCUUUUAUUUUAGCUUCCAUUUUCGAAACAAGGUAUAUGAUAUCAAUAUACGCAUCUCAAGUCAAUGAAGCCCACGUUGGUAUACUUACACUUUUGAGAGGCCACCUAAGAAAUGAAGAUGAUCAUGUCCCAAGAACAACUAUAGUUCCAGAUGAGGCAUCAAUCAGUGGACGUCUGUACGGUAGAUUUUUCUUUUCACUGAUCAUAUUCAUUUUUGUUGUAUCGAGUUCGACUUCCUGGCCUCGUAAGAUUAGAAUGAUUUUCGAAUAUAUUGCAAUUUUUGCAUUGAAUUCGUAUUGGGUCCCACAAAUAUUUAGAAAUACCAUUAAGGGGAUCGCAUCAAGGAGAGAUAGAAGGAGGAAUAAUAGUCCAACAAAUAGAAGACAAAACGAAAUGCCGUUAUUAUGGAGAUUUAUCCUUGGUACUACGGUAAUUAGAACUUUACCAAUCAUAUAUGUUUUUACUUACUCUGCCAAUAUAUUUAGGCAUCAUAGAGACGUUACCUUUGUUGUGGUUCUUUCCUUGUGGUUAAUUUUCCAAAUUGCAAUUUUAUAUUCACAAGAUAUUUUAGGGUCACGUUGGUUCUUGCCUCAACAUAGCAUUCCAGAAGGAUAUACCUAUUUCAAGCCUAUAUCUUUACAGCAUUCUAUCGAGCAUGGAGGUGGUUCUAAAGAUGAACCAUAUACAGUUGAUUGUGCGAUAUGUAUGUCUCCAGUUCCCGUGUAUAUCGAGGAGGUAGAAGGCACACAUAAGGUCGAUAUACAUUCAUACAUGGUAACUCCAUGUAAUCAUAUUUUCCAUACAGAAUGUUUGGAGAAUUGGAUGGGUUAUAAAUUACAAUGUCCUGUUUGUAGAAGUUCAUUACCUCCUUUAUAA